ACUGAAGUGUUAAUGGACAUCUCGUCUGACAAAUUAUUCCCUUUUGUUUACCUGCCUGAGUAUCGCAGCAAGUGGGACAAAUCGUUACAGUCAUACAAACUUGUAAGAACAAUUGACCAGGACACUUUCAUUUAUCACAGUAUAACCCACAGUUACGGCUUUGGACUGAUUUCACCAAGAGAUUUUGUCUACAUGUUGCAUGUAAAGAAAUAUGAUGGAAAAUUAAUGACAACGAACAGUAUCAGUGUGAAUCAUCCAGAUUUCCCUCCAACUCCAGCUUAUGUUCGGGGCACUACUUUCUCUUCUGGCUAUGCCUGUCUUCCACUACCAGAGAAUCCACAGCAAAGCAAAUUUACCGUGAUCAUCCAGGUGGACAUGGGAGGCCUGCUAAAGCGUUCGGUGAUCGAUUCCGUUAUGCCCUUGAGCCUCAUAAACUUCGUGACAGAUUGCAAAGCUGGAUUUAAAAUGCUAAAGGAAAGAGAGAGGUAAAAACCUGCCAGAGGAUACAAGAAAGCUUGUCUGCAAUACACAACAGACCCCUGCAUUUGGUCUAAUGUCAAGAAGAGAUGGGCAAGCUUUUUGCAGUUGAGAACUUCACUCAAUGUUUUUUUUCGGUGCGGGGGUGGAGACAAUAUGGGCAGGAUAGUGAUGAUAGUGAUGCAAAAUAGAGAAGCCCAGGUGAGGUCAGAAUUUUCUUUCCCCCUUCCCUUCCCCUCCACGUUUACAGGAAAGGAUAUUGUCUUCUUAGCUGCAUGAAGCCUGUUGGAUGGUUUCAUGUCAGUUUGUGUGCGUUUCCCGUCUCACGAUGGUGGGGAGCCACGCAGCUGGUUUUCAGCAGUUGUGGUCAGAACAGGCCAGAAAAAGAGGGUGGGCGCUUCAUGCAAUUUCCUCAGGUUGCCCAUCCCUGACAUGAAGGGUUAAAGGCACUGUGUUCAGUGGACCCAUCAUGGACUAGGUAAGCAUUGCCCAAAUGGGCAAGACUAAAAUUCCAGCCCAACUAUUCUAUGUCCCAAACCGCCAGGGUGAAUAUUUUUAUUUACAGUGGUGCUUUAAAGUUUAUGAAGCCUUUGGAAUUUUCAGUAUUUCUGCAUAAAGAUGAGCUAAAACAUGAUCUGUAUAUAGUAUACAAUAUAAUGUUUGCGACUCAUUUAAUUGGGUUCUCUUUAUCUAGUUUUUAGAUUUUUUAAUCCUGCCUUUAUUAUUUUUAUAAAAAACUCAAGGCAGCGAACAUACCUAAUACUCCUUCCUUCUCUUUUCCCCACAACAACAACCCUGUGAGGUGAGUUGGGCUGAGAGAGAGGGACUGGCCCAAAGUCACCCAGCUGGCUUUCAGGCCUAAGGCGGGACUAGAACUCUCCUACUACGCCUGAUUGGCUCUUGGGCUGCAAGAGAGGGACUGGCCCAAAGUCACCCAGACGGCUUUCAUGCCUACGGCAGGACUAGAACUCUUAAUCUCCUGGUUUCUAACCUGGAGCCUUA